CACCGGAAGUCCCGCCUCCUCCGUCCCAGUCGAACAUGGCGGCGCCCAUGAGCUGAUCUGCGGCGUGAAGGAUACUGUCCCCAGCAGCUGGUGUCUGAGGAGUUUCUCUAGCGAUUCUUGGCCGGAGUGGUUGAUGUAUAUCGGGAUUCCCAUCACUUCUGCACCUUUGAUCUUAACUACAUUGUUCUCGAUCCCACGCUAAUGAGUUUAUGAUCGGUCGCACAGGGGUAGAGCAUGUCGAAGGCGGCGAGGGCAGUGAAGGUGGUGAAGAAGGCGGACGUGGGGAACGUGAUCCGGACCAUCGUGCGCGCAGGGCAGGCGGCUCCGGGGCCCCCACUGGGACCCAUCCUGGGACAGAGGGGGAUUCCCAUUGGUCAGUUCUGCAAGGACUUCAAUGAGAAAACCAAGGACAUCAAGGAAGGGAUCCCACUGCCAAUUAAGAUCUUCGUUAAGCCUGACAGGACGUACGAGCUGAAGAUCAGCCAGCCCACGGUGUCCUACUUCCUGAAGGCCGCAGCGGGCUUGGAGAAGGGCGCGGGGAGGACAGGUCAUGAAGUUGCAGGGAUGGUGUCGGUGAGGCACGUGUAUGAGAUCGCACAGGUCAAGGUGAAGGACGAGAGCUUCGCACUGCAGAACGCCUCCCUGGCGACGGUUGUCAAGAGCAUCAUCGGCACCGCACAGUCCCUGGGGAUCAAGGUGGUCAAUAAAUCACUCCUCCUCAGUCUGUGGCUGUUGCCUGUAGUGACCACAAGAGGGCACCACAACACUAGCAGUGAAGGAAGUCUGUGGCUUUCCACUUUAUGCUGUCAGACCGUGAUCCCUCUGUCCAGCCUGGCAUGUUUCUGACAGUCUCCGGAGCCUGAGCAGGACCAGAGAGAUUGUGAUUUUCUCUGUCUGUAACUCUAGUUUCAGCCUCAGCUCUGGAAAGUUAAGGAGCUCAGCUAUGGAGAGUUAAGGUAAGAGUGCUCAGCUGUGGAGAGUUAAAGACCUCAGCUCGGGAGCAUCAGGGUGUUCAGUGGAGAGUUUAGGUGCUCAGCUGUGGAGAGUUAGGGUUAGGGUGCUCAGCAGGACACAAUAAUGUCGUAGACAUAGUUCUGACUGCGAUGUGGAUGUUGGGUCAGCCUGAGCUGUGCUUCUAGCUGGCACUGACACUGACACCAGGUUUGCUGUUGCCUCCAGCGAUGUACAAGAAGAUCAGCACCAGCAAAGAGGCCACAUGCAUCGGCCUUCUUAUCCAUAGAACACCUCAGUGAGAAGAAUGC